AUGACUAUACACCCAAACAAAAACGCCGUGGUCACUUCAACCGAGGGGCGUUUGCGAUUCCAAUCCGAAAGUGUAACUAUCAUCCCUAGUGAUGAUGAGGUCCAAACAACUGGACUGCUGUCCAUCUCUGAAUCGAGUGUCCACUUUAAAAUGUUGCGUAAGGAAAUCAUUUGUGAUCAGUUGAAUAAAUUUCUGUUCGAAGGAGUUUUCUGCUCGCGUACAAUGCAUAAAAUCCCACUCGAUGUCUGGACAAUUGAAAUCACCAAGUAAAAUUAUGUGUCUGCUUUGACAAAUUUCUUUUAUCUCGGUAGUGAUUGCAACGUCCGCAUCCGUCCGCUGGCCUGGCGGGCUGUAAACCAGGGUCAUGUGGAAGUUCGGAUUGUUUGGCACUUUCAAGUAACGACUGCGUAUUUCACAAUCAAUGUGCCGAAAUGGGGAAGACUCAACCCUGAAGUAGUCGAUGCCAUCUCGUACAAAUAUCGCAACCCCCCCUUCGUUCGUUUCGGUUCAUUCGGAGAAGCUGAAAACUAG